AUGACUAUAAGGCUGGUUAUUAUUCUUCGAGUCGCAGUUAGUAUUUGUGGGUACGAUCGACAGUGUCCCCAUUCAUCACAACGAGGUUUUCGUGUUCAUAGUGAAUGCAAUGGUAAUUCAUCAGUAUACAAUUGUUUAUACGACACGAAAAACAAAACCUACACUGAAUUUUGUGAGAAAAAUGAGGAAGCCAGAGCAGGCUUGAAAUAUGUUAUCUCUGGGACGUAUAGAAAUGUAAAGUGUUCUGAAAAGAGGUAUCAACCAUUUACAUUUUGGACCAAUCGAAGCACUAAUUGCUUAUAUUUAAAGUCACCGUGUAGUGAAACUGGACAACUAGUGUUCGACAAUACGUCAACUAUCGGUGAUUCUACAUGUCGAUGUGAUUACACAAGAAAGUAUGCUUUUGUAUCACCACCAAGAAAUCCGUGUGUCUGCAAGCCGUCCGUAGAGGAUUGCUCAUGUUACAUUAAACAGUGUCCUAAAAAUACCACUUUAUCACCUGAUUACGAAUGCAUGUAUUUGAAUUCAACAACGAAAAGUUUUAACUGCAAUCCUGUUUUUCAUACGCGAACAAAUGGAUCUGAUAUAGACACUUUGCCAAAAGGUACUGAACAGUUCCAACCUCAGAUAAAGUCUUUAAGAACAACUUUAGCAUUAAAGAUAGUGUGUAUCGGUCUUAUUGCAGUCAUAUUGGUAGUGAUGUACGUGAUAUAUACUAGAAUUAGUGUAGAACAGAGAGAUUUAAAAUGUAACAACGGCAAAAAAAUUCAAUCAGACAACAGUCAUGAACAUAACUUAAAUAUUGAGAGACAGUCAAAAGACGCUUUUCCUACAACAAAUGAUAACUCGUCGUUGUCACAACCUAUCUUUAAUUUUUUUUUUGAACCUAAUUAUACUGAAAACAACAGUUUACUUAGUGCUUGUCAAAAAGGAGAUUUAUCAAGAGUUAUCAAUUUUAUUGAGGAAGGGGCUGACAUUAACAUUACCGGAAGGUACGGAGACACGUCAUUGUCAUUGUCCUGUUAUAAUGGUAACAUUGAUAUAGUAAACAUACUGAUAGAUAAAGGUUGUGAUAUAAAUAAACCUAACAAUGCUGGAAAUACACCUCUAAUGGAUGCUUGUCGUGGCGGACAUCUACCGAUAGUAGCUCGUCUUAUUGAGAUAGGUGCUGACAUUAACACCACCGACAAGAAAGGAAACACGCCAUUGUCAUGGUCCUGUAUGAAAGGUUACAUUGAUAUAGCAAACUUACUGAUAGAUAAAGGUUGUGAUAUACAUAAACCUAACAAUGAUGGAAUGACACCUCUAAUGAAUGCUUGUCGUCGAGGACAUCUACCGAUAGUAGUCCGUCUUAUUGAGAGAGGUGCUGACAUUAACACUACCGACAAGAAUGGAGACACGCCAUUGUCAUUGUCCUGUUAUAAUGGUAACAUUGAUAUAGUAAACUUUCUGAUAGAUAAAAGUUGUGAUAUAAAUAAACCUGGCAAUGAUGGAACGACACCUCUAAUGAAAGCAUGUCUUCGAGGACAUCUACCGAUAGUAGUCCGUCUUAUUGAGAGAGAUGUUGACAUUAACACUACCGACGAGGAUGGAGACACGCCAUUGUCAUUGUCAUUUCGUAAUGGUUACAUUGAUAUAGUAAACUUACUGAUAGAUAAAUGUUGUGAUAUAAAUAAACCUAACAAUGCUGGAAAUACACCUCUAAUGGAUGCUUGUCGUGGCGGACAUCUACCGAUAGUAGCUCGUCUUAUUGAGAUAGGUGCUGACAUUAACACCACCGACAAGAAAGGAAACACGCCAUUGUCAUGGUCCUGUAUGAAAGGUUACAUUGAUAUAGCAAACUUACUGAUAGAUAAAGGUUGUGAUAUACAUAAACCUAACAAUGAUGGAAUGACACCUCUAAUGAAUGCUUGUCGUCGAGGACAUCUACCGAUAGUAGUCCGUCUUAUUGAGGAAGGGGCUGACAUUACCACUACCAACAAGGAUGGAGACACGCCAUUUUCAUUGUCCUGUGAUAAUGGUAACAUUGAUAUAGUAAACUUACUGAUAGAUAAAGGUUGUGAUAUAAAUAAACCUGGCAAUGCUGGAAUGACACCUCUAAUGGAAGCUUGUCGUCGAGGACAUCUACCGAUAGUAGUCCGUCUUAUUGAGAGAGGAGCUGACAUUAACACUACCAACAAGGAUGGAGACACGCCAUUGUCAUUGUCCUGUGAUAAUGAUAACAUUGAUAUAGUAAACUUACUGAUAGAUAAAGGUUGUGAUAUAAAUAAACCUAACAAUAAUGGAAUAACACCUCUAAUGAAAGCUUGUCGUCGAGGACAUCUACCGAUAGUAGUCCGUCUUAUUGAGAGAGGAGCUGACAUUAACACUACCAACAAGGAUGGAGACACGCCAUUGUUAUUGACCUGUAAAUAUGGUAACAUUGAUAUAGCAAACUUACUGAUAGAUAAAGGUUGUGAUAUAAAUAAACCUGACAAUGCUGGAACGACACCUCUAAUGAAAGCUUGUCUUAAUGGACGUCUACCGAUAGUAGCCCGUCUUAUUGAGAGAGGUGCUGACAUUAACAUUACCGACAAGAAUGGAAACACUCCAUUGUCAUUGUCCUGUACAUACGGUAACAUUGAUAUAGUAAACUUACUGAUAGAUAAAGGUUGUGAUAUAGAUAAACCUAACAAUAAUGGAAUAACACCUCUAAUGAAAGCUUGUGAUGAAGGACAUCUACCGAUAGUUGCUCGUCUUAUUGAGAGAGGUGCUGAUAUUAACACUACCGACAAGGAUGGAGAAACGCCAUUGUCAUUGUCCUGUGGUAAUGAUAACAUUGAUAUAGUAAACUUACUGAUAGAUAAAGGUUGUGAUAUAGAUAAACCUAACAAUGAUGGAAUCACACCUCUAAUGACAGCUUGUAUGUAUGGACGUCUACCGAUAGUAGCCCGUCUUAUUGAGAAAGGUGCUGACAUUAACACUUCCAACAAGGAUGGAGACACACCAUUGUCAUUGUCCUGUGAUAAUGGUAACAUUAAUAUAGUAAACUUACUGAUAGAUAAAGGUUAUGAUAUAAAUAAACCUAACAAUGAUGGAAUCACACCUCUAAUGACAGCUUGUAUGUAUGGACGUCUACCGAUAGUAGCCCGUCUUAUUGAGAAAGGUGAUGACAUUAACAUUUCCAACAAGGAUGGACACACUCCAUUGUCAUUGUCCUGUAUGAAUGGUAACAUUGAUAUAGUAAACUUACUGAUAGAUAAAGGUUGUGAUAUAAAUAAACCGGGCAAUGCUAAAAUGCCACCUCUAAUGACAGCUUGUAUGUAUGGACGUCUACCGAUAGUAGUCCGUCUUAUUGAGAAAGGUGCUGACAUUAACACUACCGACAAGGAUGGAAACACGCCAUUGUUAUUGUCCUGUGAUAAUGGUCACAUUGAUAUAGUAAACUUACUGAUAGAUAAAGGUUGUGAUAUAAAUAAACCUGGCAAUAAUGGAAUUACACCUCUAAUGGAUGCUUGUCGUGGCGGACAUCUACCGAUAGUAGCUCGUCUUAUUGAGAAAGGUGCUGACAUUAACACUACCGACAAGGAUGGAAACACGCCAUUGUUAUUGUCCUGUGAUAAUGGAAACAUUGAUAUAGUAAACUUACUGAUAGAUAAAGGUUGUGAUAUAAAUAAACCUAACAAUAAUGGAAUUACACCUCUAAUGGAAGCUUGUCUUAAUGGACAUCUACCGAUAGUAGCCCGUCUUAUUGAGAGAGGUGCUGACAUUAACACUACCGACAAAGAUGGAGAAACGCCAUUGUCAUUGGCCUCUAAAUAUGGCAAAACUGAUAUAGUAAAUCUACUGAUAGAUAAAGGUUAUGCUUUAAAUAAAGCGGACAAUGUUGGAAAACCACCACUUGAAAAAGGUUCUGAUAACGAAGAUAUGGUAAGAGAUGAUGGAACUGAUAUACAAACACAAGAACAGAAUAUGGCAGAAAUAAGUAUAGAGUUUCCUUGGCUUGGCAAUUCUGAUGGACUACAUAGCAUGCUCGCUUUGGGAUAUUUUAACAGUUACGAGAACAAUUUAUGUCUAGCAGGCCCAUGUAAGGCAGGGAAAAGUACAUUAGCUAGUGUACUCAUUGAUGACGAAAUUCCCCUCCAGUAUAAAUCAACAGACGGACUAGUCAUAUUCUUCGGCAGGAAUGGAAUAGAUUUAGAAAGCAAACAUAUGGUUCCACUGAAAGAAGGAGAAAGAGGACAUUCAGUCCUUGAUAGCGUUCUUCGUGGACAACCUACAUUAAAUCUUGUUAAAAGUAUUGAUUGUAGCCGAAUUGAAACAGUGUCCAGGCAUAAACGAUCCCCGAUCUUAGAACAAACAGAACUUGCGUCGCUGACAAAAGAGGAGACAAAACCUGAAAACCUGAAAUCUGAAAUCUCUAAAGACAAACUCACUUCCGAAAAAUCAUCUAUUUUGUAUACUGAACCAUAUAAUUCAAGUAGCCAAAUGCAAAAAGAAAACAUCUCACAGGUUGCUGAAAUUGCGAAGCUAGAAUAUUAUACUAUUCAUGAUGAUAUACUAAAUGAAGUUAGAAAUGGUCGAUACAAAAUAAGUAUAGCACCAUCCGAUCUGAUAGACUUUGGUGGACAAAGAUCGUAUGAUAUGACUCAUCAACUUUUUAUACACCAUAGUGGAUCUUUCAUACUGAUGUUUGACGGAACGAUUGGACUAGAAACUCCUUUGAAAGAGUACCCAAAUGGAAAAACUACCGCUGCAUUAAUAUUAAAGCACUGGGUUGAUUCGAUUCUGACCUACGCUGAGGAUACAGGAGACAUUAUGCCAAAGAUUCUUUUUGCAGCAACACACAAGGAUAGUUGUGAUCAGACAAACCUUAUGGCACUGAAAAGCAAAUUUAUCGAAACUGUUCAGCAGAUGUUCUCUACAUAUGAGAAAAAAAGCCACAUGGUUCUCGAGACUGUGUAUUUUAUAAAUUCGCGAGAUCCCAAAGACCCUGAAAUAAAGGAAAUGACUGAUAGGGUGGUUUGUUUUGCAAUGCAACAGUCUUCAUGGGGUAUACGGAGACCAAUGCUAUGGGUACCACUGGAAAUUCAAAUUUCAAACAUGAGAUUGAAGAGCAUUCAUUUGAUUUACAAAGAACAGCUUGGAGAUGUGAACAAGCUGAAUGGUGAUCUAGCAUUAGACGAGGAUCAGUUUGAAUAUUUCUUAUUAGCUCACCAUUCCCUAGGUAAACUGAUAUAUUACGAUCUGCCGGGUUUAAACAAGUUUAUAAUAAUCCAUCCACCUGCAUUAGUUAACAUUCUCAGAGCGUUUAUCACCGAUGACAUCUUUUGGUCAAAAGAAACAAAUCUUCAAAAAAUUUUGCAAACAUUGAGAAAAUCUGGAAAAAUCUUCAAAAAAGAUCUUCUACUUUUAUGGGAACAACAUGAAUGUCAACGAUACAUUAUAGAUAACGAGACAAAAUACUAUCUUAUAUGCUUAUUUGCUCACUUGGAUAUUCUUGUAGUCCCAAAAGGAGUAAAUCGAAGUCCUCCUGCUGCUGAUUUUUAUCUUGUUCCUUGUAUGGUUAGAUCUGAUUGUCCGGAUGACUUUAUAGACCUUCAUGAAUUGAGUGAUAAAACAAUAUGUUUGAUAUAUUCAUUAUCCAUGCAAUCUAUUCCCACUUCUCUUGCUUACAAAAUCAUUGGAGGAGCAGCAAGUAUUUGGACUUUUAAGGAGAAUGAAGACGGAAAACCAUGUCUUUAUCAAAAGGCUGCAAUCUUACUUGCAGGUGACGACAACGAACUACGUUUGAAGUUAGAAGACAAACGAAUUAUGGUGUAUCUAUCAAAUAAGGAAUCUAAAGAUUAUAUAUCACCUGAUAUUGCAGCAAGCAUACAGGAAUGUCUGACACAAACUCUUGAAUCGUCUCUAUUGUUUUAUUAUAACAGUUUUGGAAAGAAAAAGAAACUAGCCGAUAUCAAGAAUUUGUUUGAGUUAAGAAGCGGCUUGAUUUGCAAUGACACUGUUUGUCAUUUAGCUAUAUCUGAGGCAAACACUUUGAAGGGUUGUUGGAAAUGCAUGCACGGAGGGGAACAUAAUAGAAAGUACGAAGCAGGCUCUUCUGUUUCCGGUGGCUACCUUCUAGCGAUUCUUGGUCAUCGUGUUGUACAUGGGCAUGAUGUUGCUGACUCUCUGCAUGACAUACCAGGUGACGAUUUGUUGGAAGAGCUAUCACAACGCAUAGGAAAUAGUGCUAUCCAGUUAGGCAUUGAACUAGGACUUAGCUUUAAUGAAGUGCAAAAAACAAUGGUCGAAUAUUCAAGAAACGUGUUUGAUCAGAUUAAUGACAUAUUACGUAAAUGGAAGGCUAGUUCAAGUGUUAACACGGUUUACUCCCUUAUUGUCGCUCUUAAACGUGUAGCUCCAUCCAGUGCAAACUAUUUAAGAAAAAAAUAUUUGCGAUAG